UUGGCGAAAACGUUCAUCGUAUAUUGCUCGGUUACAGACCGAGUCGCUGCUUUGCUCGCUGCCACUAGCAGUUUCAACAAGAAAAGACACCGGAGUAUCUGUUCGUCGACUUGAAGCGAUUGCAGCCGGUUACGGCCGGUGCAAACGCCUGCGUCAGCAGCAGUCAGCCUAACAGGCGCUCUAUCCAUCUAGACGUAGGUUUUAUGGAUCAUACCGUGAUGAAACUGCACAGACUUUGUUUAAUGGUCUGUAUUGUAGCAUUUACUUCAUCCUGGACUAAUGCCUCACAGUCCGGUGGGCCACCGAUCGUGGUCAACACAUGGGCAUUUCAGGCUGCUACACGUGAAGCAUGGAGAACUCUUCUCAAGGGAGGAAGCUCGCUUGAUGCUGUCGAGGACGGAUGCAGCCGCUGUGAAGAUCUACAGUGUGAUGGUACAGUUGGGUAUGGCGGUAGCCCUGAUGAGAAUGGUGAAACUACCUUGGAUGCACUCAUCAUGUAUGGGCCCAAUCGUAACGUGGGGGCAGUUGCUCAACUUCGCAGGGUUAAAUAUGCAAUGCGAGUGGCCCGCAAGGUUCUUGAUCAUACUUCACAUACUCUACUAGUAGGAGAUUUGGCCACGGAAUUUGCCAAAGCGAUGGGAUUUCAGGAGGCUGAUCUCAGUACGAAUAAAUCCAGAACGAUUUACGAAAAAUGGAAGAAUGCGUCUUGUCAGCCCAACUAUUGGACCGACGUGAUUCCAGACCCGAAGUCGUCAUGCGGACCCUACAAACCAACCCAGGACGUACCGCUUCGGCUGCGUUGGAAGAACAUGGAUUCAGUACAUUCAAGUCAAAGACGAAGCAUACCAGUUGUGUCUCGGUGGAACCAUGAUACCAUUGGAAUGAUUGUAAUAGACGGACACGGCAUUAUUUCAGGAGGAACGUCCACGAAUGGAAUGUGCCAUAAAAUUCCGGGACGGGUUGGUGAUUCGCCAAUACCCGGUGCUGGUGCGUACGUUGACCAGGAUGUAGGGGGAGCAACAGCCACUGGCGAUGGCGACGUUAUGAUGAGGUUUUUGCCAUCAUAUCAGGCUGUAGAAUUUAUGCGGCAAGGGUUACAGCCAGCCGAAGCAUGUCGACAAGCGAUACGCCGUAUUAGUCGAGCCAUUCCGACGUUUCAAGGCGGCCUCGUUUGCGUCAACGUACACGGAACCGUGGCAGCUGCUUGUCAUGGACUUUCGUUUUUUCCUUAUUCCACAAUUAGUGGACAAACUAACGGGGCGGUGCUCAUACAGAACGUAACCUGUGAGCAAGAUACAGUUCUCGAAAUGCAGAAUAAUUAGGCCGACUGUUGACGCGACGAAGAUCGUAGACGAUACCGAACAUAUAAUAAUAAUAAUAACGUUGCCUUCAUCGACAAGGAGCAAUAGGUGUCUUAGAAAUUGUGUUUUUCACUCUGAGGAUGCAGUAAUGAACGUGGCAUGCUAGACACGGCGAGCGUUUGUAUUAUAUAUCUACUUGUGUUAUCAAUAUACGAUUUCUAUUUUGUUACUUAACCUCUACAGCAAUGCGAGCAUUUAUGCCAAAAUAUAAGCAAUAAGUCUUCUUUUUCUUCACUAAUUAUUGUUGUGAGUAAAUAUUGAUCCUAUGAGAGGAUCUGUAAUCUGUGACGUUCUAGUGGAAAUGUUUGCCUGGCCAUCUCCUUCGGUAGUAUAAAUAUAUUAAUAAGUAAUGACAAGCUAUCCCGUUGGUCCUUGCACCACAAGGACGACUGAAUCCCUCAAGCGUGAACAUAGGUCUUCUACUGGGUGUAUACGCAGAAUUUACUAUGCAUAGAUGAUAUAUGAGCACUAUUAAGCUCCAUACUAAUAACCUUAGGUAUUUCCGUCGCCAUGACGUGAUUCUUAAGUAAACGUGGCGUUUCUUCCGAUACAAACGCGUUGGUAGUAGUAAUACGCCAUAUAGAAUUGUCAAAAUCAGUGUUGCCUGUUCUACAUGUCGAAAUGUGUGACUGUUUACAUCGUUUCAAGCUGCUGGGCUCACCAUGAGCGGUCGUAUCAUUGUGACCCGGUGCAAGACAAAUAGGAUGAAUGGGUAGACCUCCCUGAAAUAUUUGAGCAUUAAGCAACAGGCAUGUUUAAGUUGCCACGCCAUCCAAGUAUGCUUGUUAGCAAUGUUUAUCGAAAGCUCUCUUUCUGGUCGUCUUAAUCCGACGCGCGGGGCCAUAACGGUGAGAGGAUAGCAUAGCUUCGUUGUCGCUGUUCAGGUGGGGUGCAUCUCAUAUUCAAGACCCGAUGUAGCACAUAAACUUUUUUCUAAAAAGCAUUCACGGAAGAAGGACAGAAAGAUCAAAAAGACUAAAUAAACGCACCAGAGAAUAUUCCAUCAGAUAGGAUUAUACAACGGAUACACAUGGUUCUAUAAACAGCGCUCGCAGUAAGAGAUUUGAAAUGAUGUGGCAUUGUUCUGGCCUUCCGCAGCCUGGUAGGAGGUCUUCAAAUGAAGACACUUGUUGAGGUGAUUUGCCUGUGCAUGA